AUGACUGACCAGUUGUAUAAAUCAUUACACGGACUUACAACCAUAGUACAUGCCAGUAACAAACUAGAUGCGAUAAUGAAUAAACAAUUAUUCCAGUAUCUCGGAACUCAACCGGCGGAGAAAAUGUCUUUUUUCUCGUUUAUGGAUAAAUUAAUGCAGCCACUUGAAUAUAAGCUGUUCACUAUUGAAACAUUUGUCAAUGAACAAUCAGACAUACCGUUGUUCGUGGAACUACGAGGAAUUCGGAAAAUCGAGGAAUUGUCUGUUCAAAAUUUAAUAAAGCUUUUGUCAGAAUUUGAUACAAAUUUUAACAUUUCAUUCAAUGAGAUCCGCGAAGAAAGAAACAUUGUCGCGUUUUAUUUGAAAAUGUUUUCUUCGAAUGCGUUAUCGUCCGAUGCCGAAAUUCUGUGUCAUCCACAUCACCCAAAAUAUAUCGCAACGUACACAGGCUAUCAACAGAGAGCCGAAAAAUUUCCUCGGACGUGGAGAGUUGUGAUGCGCAUGAUAUACACCAAGGAAGGACUUCGGUUGCCAAACGUACCUACGAUACUGCUAAAAAGAAAAACCCGGCGCCCAACUGAGGACAAAGACUUGUACAAGCCAAUCCUGUCUAAAUUGAAAUCGGCACGAGCUAAAUAUUAUGAUCCGGAUACGUUUCGAUUGAAAUUGGCAACUAUUUUUUAUUUCACACUACAAGGGGUCGAUUGGGCUAAAAACACAUGCGAAGUGAUUCAACGGAUGGAAGGGGAUAUUAUGCGAUUAGCGAAGGACAAAGACUGGCUUGCUGUGCAGUACCAUAUGUAUACUUUGAUAAACACAUAUGAAAGGUUCGUCAGAAAUCUUCGCGAUUUCGAUGUUGAUCUAAAUGUAGAACAUGUAUCUAGUUACCCGGAUGUGGAGAAACUUUCUGAAAGCUGCGUUGCUGAAUUUCACGACCUCUUGAAUAUUCUUGGGGAUAUUUUGCACACCAUAGAGGGUCAAAGCACCGUUGAACAUUUUGAAUCAUUAACAAACGACGAAAUUCAACUUAUGCACAAUGAAUCCCAAGGUUUUCAAAACCCAACUAUGAGUAGAUACCAAGAACACAAACUACUCCCAUUGAUAAAAGCCGAGUUUGAUAUUGGGCAUCUCGAGGAUUGGAUGCGAUCUAGAGUAUUUUUAUACGAAGAACUACUGCGACACUCAAACGAAAAGCGAUCCGUCAGUUAUAUUCUAGAAUCUUUGGAAGUUUAUGUUUGCCAAUAUGGCGGUGCAUUUGUCACUUUGGAUGAACUGGUGUCACCAGAAGAAAUACUAUGUACGUUGUCAACUCUGAGAAUGGAUUUUCUUGAUUACGAUUCAUAUUCAUUUCACGUGUUGCGAGAAAAAUGUGGGUCUUCCAAAUAUUCUUCGACUAAUCUCUGCGACGACAUAUUUGCCUUGCGCAAAGACGUUCUUCUUGAACAGGAAGUCCGUGUAGCAGUUGACAGUAAAGGAAUCAACGACGUAGGUUUUAUCUGUGAUGAAAUGUACAAUAAAAUCAGACAUGACGCUAUGCUUCGAAAAUACCGACUGACUGUUUCAAAGAUUGACAUAUUACAGAUUAUUAAUCGGCUGUAUCCCGAAAAGCAACAGUUUGGAUUUUACCCAAUGUCGGUUUUCAGACAGAAUAGCCAGCCAGUGUCUGAGGAAUUCUUUGCGAGAAUUUCCUCGUUUGCUAUCGACCAAAGGAACGCAGAAAUGACGCAAAUAUUGCGAAAUUAUUUCUGCGAUAAUCACGGCUUCUGUGUCGAACAUAAGACAUCUCUAAACGAGUCUAAAAUGAAGCUGAGUAAUGAUAGGGCACACGUUGUAUAUAACGAAACAUAUACUGCAUUUAGGAAUACCACAAUGCCACGAUCUUCUGCUAGAACACAGACAGAGGACCAGGUGUCUUUAGCGCCAAUAGCUCACGUAAACAACCCAAUUUUAAUCAUUCUUUUGGUUUGUAACUUUGCAAAGCAAAUUAUGUAA